CAUUUCCAGGCACGGCGUGGCCCGAUGAGAAAGAACCGCUUACUCUACUCCACCAUGGGGUCGGUCACGCAACUUACGUUACUAGGAGCUGUUCUGAUAUUAUUGGUGUCCGCGGCGACACCGGUUGCCGGGGCGGGCAUCGGCGAUCGCAUCUUCUCGGGGUUCCUGUCCUUUGGAAGGGCAUUCUCAAAUGCGACGCAGCUGGUCAUCGGAAAAGUGAAGACUAUCGUUAAUCCCGGAGCGGCGGAAAGGACUCGGAAUAGAUCCAUCAGAGACAGAGACGUCUUCAACAGUGUUUGCACCCUGACAGGUCCCAACAGACGUCUGCUUCUUCGCUGCCUCAAGACAAAUGACGAGGAAGUGCUGAGCCCCGACUGGCAGAGCUGCAUCGGCACAGCUCGGAUCGAAGUAUUGACGGCAGAGGACCUUUACCAUUGGAUGUGCAUGCAGAUUACAAUGAGUUCGCAGCCCGAGAAUCUGCAGAACACCACUGAAUGCUUACUACGUGGGAUGGAUAAGCCUGCUGUUAUGGAUGCCAUAAAAGAAUGCAAGGGGAGCUCCCGACCCUACUGAAGAGCUCGCGAAUGUGGAAAAUCUCCAUAUUAUGUACAGCUGUGUAACCUCGAGGCCAUCGUCAUGCAUUACUCUUCCGUGCUUUCUACUCAUUCCAUACUUGUCAUGAUGUACUUAUCUCAUCUUAUAGAAGCAUAUGUGACACUCGUAAACAAAUAAGGGUUUAUUCGUCCUUUUUUUUUCAGCAUAUACAUAGAUACAAAUCGCGUAUCAUGCUACGGUCAAUGACGAUGUCAUCAAAGAUUCACAUGUUUAUGGGUGACACGCUUCCAGGCAUGUUUGUUCAUGUGGUGCGUUUCAUUUCAAGAAACAAAGUGAAAAGGAAGCCAUAACAAAGUUUAUGAAUGGCACAUUAAUCCCGGCGACUUCAUUGAUCUCUUCGUCGAGCAUGAAGCAGGACCAUAACUCAGCCUGGCCUGAAUCACGCGAUGGACAAGAAAUGUCCUUGAAGUAUGUUUUUAUCCAGAAUAAAAUCUACUCAGUAUUUUCUGGCA